AUGGAGGAGCAACGCGAGCAGCAUCUAUUUGAUUUCCCUGACUCCGGGGUGACAAUCAAACCCAACAACGCUAACCUCUCUGACAUGCUCGCUGUGGUGUGUGGUCAAAACUGCACGUUCGUCAUUCAGCCCAACGGGACGGUGCUAGCCUGCGGAGAGGGGAGCUACGGCCGUCUGGGACAGGGCAACUCGGACGACCUGCAUGUGCUCACGGUCAUCUCAGCUUUGCAAGGUUUUGUAGUGACUCAGCUGGUGACGUCUUGUGGCAGUGACGGUCACUCUAUGGCCCUCACAGAGAGUGGGGAGGUGUUCAGUUGGGGCGACGGAGACUACGGGAAACUGGGCCACGGGAACUCAGACCGACAGAGGCGACCACGGCAGAUAGAAGCUCUGCAGGGGGAGGAGGUGGUGCAGAUGUCGUGUGGGUUCAAACACUCCGCCGUUGUUACCGCAGACGGGAAACUCUUCACAUUUGGAAACGGAGACUACGGCCGUUUGGGGCUUGGAAACACAUCCAACAAGAAGCUUCCAGAGAAGGUCACAGCGCUGGAGGGCUACCAGGUUGGACAGGUGGCUUGCGGCCUGAACCACACAUUAGUCCUCUCUGCAGACGGGAUGAUGGUUUGGGCUUUUGGUGAUGGAGACUAUGGCAAACUAGGCCUUGGAAACUCCACAGCCAAAUCCUCUCCUCAGAAGGUGGAUGUUCUGUGUGGAAUAGGCGUCAAGAAAGUUGCCUGUGGAACUCAGUUUUCUGUGGCUUUAACCAAAGACGGAAAGGUGUUCACCUUCGGACAAGAUCGCCUGAUUGGUCUUCCCGAGGGCAGAGCCAGGAACCACAACCGGCCGCAGCAGGUGCCUACACUGACCGGAGUUCAAGUCACAGACGUCGCGGUGGGGGCAGAGCAUUCUCUGGUGUUGUCCGCCGCAGGGGACGUUUACACCUGGGGCAGCAACUCAGAGGGACAGCUGGGUCUGGGCCACACCAACCACGUCAGAGAGCCCACGCUAGUCACAGCACUUCAGGGUAAAAACAUGCACCAGAUCUCAGCAGGGCGGUGCCACAGUGCAGCGUGGAGCGCCCCCUGUGUGCCUCCCAGAGCUCCAGGUUCCUCCGUGCCCCUGCAGCUCGGGCUCCCUGCCUCAGUCCCUCCUCAGUUCUCUUCUCUGAAGGAGCUCAGUAUGGAGUGUGUGCGUGCUCGUCUGCGUCUGCUCUACCACUUUUCCGACCUCAUGUACUCGUCCUGGAGACUGCUAAACCUCAGCCCCAACAAUCAGAGCUGCACGUCUCACUACAAUGUGGGCACCUGGGGCAUCGUGCAGGGCCAGCUCCGACCCCUGCUGGCCCCGCGGGUCUACACGCUGCCUAUGGUUCGCUCCAUCGGCAAAACCAUGGUCCAAGGGAAGAACUACGGGCCACAGAUUACUGUGAAGCGCAUCUCCACACGGGGUCGCAAGUGUAAGCCCAUCCUGGUGCAGAUCGCUCGGCAGGUGGUGAAGCUGAAUGCUUCAGACCUGCGGCUGCCGUCUCGGGCAUGGAAGGUGAAGCUGGUGGGGGAGGGAGCUGACGACGCAGGGGGCGUGUUCGACGACACCAUCACAGAGAUGUGCCAAGAGCUGGAGACUGGGAUCGUGGACCUGCUCAUCCCUUCACCCAACGCCAGCGCAGAGGUUGGCUACAACAGAGAUCGGUUCCUGUUUAACCCCUCAGCCUGUCUGGAUGAACACAUGCUGCAGUUUAAGUUCCUGGGCAUCCUGAUGGGCGUAGCCAUCCGCACCAAAAAGCCCCUGGACCUGCACCUGGCGCCGCUGGUGUGGAAGCAGCUGGUGUGUGUCCCUCUAGUUCUAGAGGAUCUGGAGGAGGUGGACCUGUUGUAUGUGCAGACUCUGAAGAGCAUCUUGUACACAGAAGACAGCGGCCUGACAGAGGAUAACUUCAAUGACAUGAUCACCCUGGACUCGUUCGUGGGGCAGAGUGCUGAUGGGAAGAUGGUUCCCAUAAUCCCCGGUGGGAACAGUAUCCCUCUGACCUUUUCCAAUAGGAGAGAGUAUGUGGAGCGGGCCAUUGAGUACCGGCUGCACGAGAUCGACAGACAGGUGGGUGCUGUCCGGGAGGGAAUGUCCUGGAUCGUGCCUGUGCCACUCCUCUCCCUCCUCACCUCACGGCAGCUGGAGCAGAUGGUGUGUGGUCUCCCGGAGAUUAGCUGUGAGGUUCUGAAGAAGGUGGUCCGGUACCGGGAGGUGGACGAGCAGCAUGCCCUGGUUCAGUGGUUCUGGCAGACACUCGAUCAGUUCUCCAACGAGGAGCGGGUUCUGUUCAUGCGCUUUGUCUCCGGGCGCUCCCGCCUCCCGGCAAACACAGCAGACAUCUCCCAAAGGUUCCAGGUCAUGAAGGUGGACCGGCCGUAUGACAGCCUCCCUACCUCGCAGACCUGCUUCUUCCAGCUGCGGCUGCCACCGUACACGAGUCAGAGCGUCAUGGCCGAAAGACUCCGUUACGCCAUCAACAACUGCAGGUCCAUUGACAUGGACAACUACAUGCUGUCCCGCAACGUGGACAAUACAGAGGGUUCGGACACGGACUACUGA